AUGGUGCUGACCAGCUGGGGCUGGAAAGGUGAUGGCUGCGGCAUCAGUGUCUGGAACGACGUCACCGCCAUCGGAGCUUGUAGGGGCAUGGUUCCCACGCCUGGAAGGGCGAAUGGGAACAUACCAGGGAGGAAAGGCAUCCCCCUCGUUCUGCUGGCACAUGGCCAUGACCUGGCCAAAGCCCUGGAUGGCUUGCUAAGGGGACAGGACCACGUGCGCCCACGUGGGGGCAUGCCGCUGACGUGGUGCGAGGUGACUGGUUUCGUCCUCGAGCUGCCUUGUCGCCUUGUGAGGGGGAUCAUUCCCUUUGUCGAGUAGCGCCUUGGAUGGAUUCUUCAGCAUCUCUAGUUGUCCUCUACUGACACGGGUCGCUACACGCCAAGCCCUCGCAGAUCCUCUUCUACCGACACUUUCCAACACCAGAAACUACACCGGGUAAUCUCCGAGGGAUGAAUUCAUCGAAGUCUGGAAUAAAUAGGAUGAUAACAU